AAUGCUUAUAUAGAGCGUACUACCAUUGCUUUCCCCCUUGCAGAAACCAAGAACUCCGAGGAAAAAGAUCGAGCCGCCUAGGUUGGAGCGAGCGAUUGCAUUGGGUUAUAUUAGAUUCUAGCUAGAGCUAGUAGCUAGCUGUAGCAGCCAUGGGUGUGUGGUGCUGCAACAGCGUCCAAUGCAAUGCUGGAUCAAGGAGGAGGCAGCUGCGGCUGUCCCUGCUGCUCCCGCUCCUGCUCCUGGCCGUGCUGCUUCAGGAGGCGGCGGUGCCGGCGCGCGGGCAGGCGUCGGAUGGCGUGGUGAUCGCGCAGGCGGAUCUGCAGGGGCUGCAGGCCAUCCGGCAGGCGCUGGUGGACCAUCGCGGCUUCCUGAGCGGCUGGAACGGCACGGGCCUCGACGCCUGCUCCGGCGCCUGGGCGGGCAUCAAGUGCGCGCGCGGCAAGGUCGUCGCCAUCCAGCUGCCUUUCAAGGGCCUCGCCGGCGCCCUCUCCGACAAGAUCGGCCAGCUCACCGCGCUGCGCAGGCUCAGCUUCCACGACAACGCCAUCGGGGGCCAGGUGCCGGCCGCCCUCGGCUUCCUCCGCGAGCUCCGCGGCGUGUACCUCCACAACAACCGCUUCGCCGGCGCCGUGCCGCCGGCUCUCGGCGGGUGCGCGCUCCUGCAGACGCUAGACCUCAGCGGCAACUUCCUCUCGGGGAGUAUCCCUUCCACUCUCUCCAACGCGAGAAGGCUCUAUAGGAUCAACCUCGCGUACAACAACCUCUCUGGUGUCGUGCCGAGCAGUCUCACUUCCCUCCCUUUCCUCGAAUCCCUUCAACUCAACAACAACAAUCUUAGUGGCGAGAUGCCAUCCACCAUUGGCAACCUCAGAAUGCUCCACGAUCUUAAUCUCGGCAUAAAUUUGAUUAGUGGAAGCAUCCCUGAAGGGAUUGGGAGCCUUUCCAAGCUCCAAACAUUGGACCUUCCUGAUAAUCUGCUGGGUGGUAACCUCCCUGCGUCACUCUGCAACCUCACCUCGUUAGUAGAGUUCAAUCUCGAUGGCAAUGACAUCGGAGGACACAUACCGGAGUGCAUUGACGGGCUCAAGAACCUGACCAAGCUGUCCCUGAGGAGAAAUGUCCUCGACGGUGAGAUUCCCGCGAUGGUCGGGAACCUCUCGGCGCUGUCCUUGCUCGACGUGUCUGGGAACAACCUCACCGGAGGGAUUCCGGAGUCCUUGACCCACCUGGCCAAUCUCAGUUCUUUCAAUGUAUCCUACAAUAAUCUCUCAGGUCCGGUGCCUGUGGUUCUUUCCAACAAGUUUGAUUCUAGCUCGUUCGUUGGAAACCUUCAGCUCUGUGGGUUCAAUGGCUCCGCCAUUUGCACUUCGGCUUCAUCUCCGUUGGCGUCGCCAUCUCCCCCACUGCCUUUGUCGCAGCGGCGGACCCGAAAGCUCAACAAAAAGGAGCUCAUCUUUGCUGUGGGAGGCAUCUGUUUGCUCUUCUUGCUCCUAUUCUGCUGCGUCCUCCUCUUCUGGAGGAAAGACAAGAAGGAAAGCUCGUCUCCCAAGAAGGCCGCGAAGGACGCGACCGCCAAGGCGGCCGGGAAGCCCGGGUCCAUCGCCGGCUCAGGCGCUGACACCGGCGGGGACGGCGGCGGCAAGCUGGUACAUUUCGACGGGCCGCUCUCGUUCACGGCGGACGACCUGCUGUGCGCAACCGCGGAGAUCCUGGGGAAGAGCACGUACGGGACGGUCUACAAGGCGACCAUGGAGGACGGCAGCUACGUCGUGGUCAAGCGGCUCAGGGAGAAGAUCGCCAAGAACCAGAAGGAGUUCGAGACGGAGGUGAACAAGCUCGGUAAGCUCCGGCACCCCAACCUCCUCGCCCUCAGGGCCUACUACGUGGGUCCCAAGGGUGAGAAGCUCCUGGUGUUCGACUACAUGCCCAAAGGCAACCUCGCAUCUUUCCUCCAUGCUCGUGCGCCGGAUAGCAGCCCGGUUGACUGGCCGACGAGGAUGAACAUCGCGAUGGGCGUGGCGCGGGGGCUGCACCACCUGCACACCGACGCGAACAUGGUGCACGGAAAUCUCACAAGCAGCAACAUCCUCCUGGACGAGGGCAACAACGCCAAGAUUGCCGACUGCGGCCUGUCGCGCCUCAUGAGCGCAGCGGCCAACUCCAGCGUGAUCGCCGCCGCGGGCGCCCUCGGCUACCGCGCCCCCGAGCUCUCCAAGCUGAAGAAGGCCAACACCAAGACCGACAUCUACAGCCUCGGCGUUGUCAUACUCGAGCUCCUGACUGGCAAGUCGCCAGGGGACACGACUAACGGUCUUGACCUGCCACAGUGGGUGGCCUCGGUUGUCGAGGAGGAGUGGACCAACGAGGUGUUCGACCUGGAGCUCAUGAAGGACGCGGCCGCGAGCUCAGAGACCGGCGAGGAGCUGGUGAAGACACUGAAACUGGCAUUGCAUUGCGUCGAUCCUUCGCCGCCUGCGCGGCCAGAGGCGGAGCAGGUCCUGCGGCAGCUUGAGCAGAUCAAGCCCUCGAUCGCAGUCUCUGCCGCUUCUUCCUUCACCGGUGAACCGAGCCAUACUACCGCGACCGCCACCAGUGUCACCGAUGAGACGAAAUCUACAAUUACAGAGUAGUCAGCCUCUUGCAGACUGAAAUUUGCACUUCUCAGUUCUUAGUUACUUCAGUUUCUUAAUAAGUAGACUUCAGAGUCUAUUUUUCAGUCUGUACAUACAGGUUUUAGGGGGCAGGAGAAUUUUGGUUCCCAUGUCAUUCUUUUAUUUCUGAAUUCAUUUGUAUCUGCCAGAAGCACUCCUUGUUAUCAGAAGAUGAUUUGGGAGUGGUGGCUUCUGAUUAAGUUUCAAAUGAA